AUGGAUUUGGAGAAUAAGAUCACACAAAUGCAAGAUGAGCUGAACAGCGGACCUAUCAGAAAGACCAAUUCUACGGUUGAUUGGGUGCCACGUGCGCCCGAAAAAUACUCGUUAACAGGUCAUAGAAAUCCAGUUACGCGAGUUACAUUUCACCCCGUGUUUUCCGUGUUGGCCUCCGCGUCAGAGGACACUACCAUAAAAAUUUGGGAUUAUGAGACUGGCGAAUUUGAGCGUACUCUUAAAGGACACACCAAAUCGGUUCAAGACAUAGCCUUUGAUCCAAAGGGACACCUUCUAGAUUCUGCACAAAAACGUUCUCGGGCCAUUUGGAAUGGGUGCGGAUGGUGUCGCCAAGCGAGGAUGGCAAGUGGAUCACCGCACGUCUUUGGGAUGUCACAUCUGGAGAAUCGAAGAUGGAAUUUAGAGGUCACGACCAUGUUGUGGAAUGUGCAAUUUUCGCCCCGGCUGCCGCAAUCCCUUUUAUACGAGAGAUGGUGGGACUUGUCGUCGAUGUAG